AUGCAGACAGAGCAAUUCAAAGAGAUCGCAUAUGAAGACCGUACGUCUUCUAUGAAACUGAUGUUAUUUUUGAAUGGGGUUGGUGCACACGACAAGUCACUGAUAUCUGUCAAAUUCGAGUCCGACUCUCUCGACGUGGAGGUGAAAAGUCUCAAUGGGGUGAAUUAUCAUUUAAAUAGAAAAGUGUUUGCCCCAAUCGAUCCGGCCAAGUCUCGUUACACUCUUUCUUCAAAUAGAAUUAACAUAUUCCUCGAAAAGGUGACAUCAACGUCAUGGUCUCAAUGGGAGAAACAAAAGGAUUCCUUCAAAGCACCAAAAACAGACGACAAAGACCCACAAGCCGGUCUUAUGAAUAUGAUGAAAGACAUGUAUGAAAAAGGUGACGAUGAUAUGAAACGAACAAUCGCAAAAGCCUGGACUGAAGCUCAAGACAAGAAAAAUUCAGGCGCACCAAUGCUCUGA